UUCUGUCAUCCCUAGGUCCUUUUCACACAGCGUGGCAGCUGCUAAAUUAUUUGUAAAUUUGUACUUUCUGCGCUAAAAGAAAUAACGAUGUCGGCGCUUAAUUUGACCGUGCGCGUGCAUCCGGUUGUGUUGUUCCAAGUUGUGGAUGCGUUCGAACGCCGCAAUGCAGACUCACAUCGUGUUAUCGGCACACUGCUGGGCUCGGUUGACAAGGGAUUUGUCGAGGUUACAAACUGCUUUUGUGUACCGCACAAAGAGCACGAUGACCAGGUGGAAGCAGAGCUGAGCUAUGCCCUGGAUAUGUACGACCUGAAUCGGAAGGUGAACGCCAACGAGAACGUCGUCGGAUGGUGGGCUACCGGCAACGAGGUGACGAAUCACAGCUCUGUCAUACACGAGUAUUAUGCCCGCGAGUGCAACAAUCCGGUCCACCUAACUGUGGAUACUUCUCUCCAGGGUGGUCGGAUGGGCCUACGUGCCUAUGUUUGCAUCCAGCUUGGCGUUCCCGGUGGCAAAACUGGCUGCAUGUUCACACCCAUACCUGUUGAACUUACUAGCUACGAACCUGAGACUUUUGGCCUGAAGCUCUUGCAAAAGACGGUGGCCGUAUCGCCAGCACACCGACCUAAGACCGUUCCACCAAUGCUGGACCUGGCUCAGAUCUCUGAGGCAUCCACUAAACUGCAAUCGUUGCUGGACCUUAUACUGAAAUACGUGGACGAUGUCAUCGCACACAAAGUGACUCCCGAUAACGCUGUCGGACGCCAGCUGCUCGACCUCAUUCAUUCUGUGCCACACAUGUCACACGAGCAGUUCACGCAGAUGUUCAAUGCCAAUGUUCGUGAUCUGCUAAUGGUUGUCACUCUCUCACAAUUGAUCAAGACGCAGCUGCAGCUUAACGAGAAGCUUACUUUCCUGCCGACAGCUUAAUUGACGAGCGACUCAAUGGGUUCUUUUCUAACUAAAUUCAACGUACUCUCUUUUUCCAUCAAUGCGUCUAAGUAAAAUAAAGGGCUCAGAUCACCUAGAAAAA